ACUGCUGCGAUACAUCCCUCCGUGGUCUUGCAACUCCGAGAAAGAGAGAGAGCCGCCGUUACUCUGCCGUUACUGGAAGCUCUGAAUGCCGACGCCGUCUGAGGCUUGUCACGUAACGUAAUACCGAAGAUGGACGGAGAAAGCGACGCUUUUUCGCUAUAUCGAUUUCUGUCAAUUUAUCGGCUCUGAUAUUUUCUCCGUGAAAAUCGCUUUUGUUAAAGCUUAUUCCCUUGUUUUUAUCGUUGUCUUGUUUUAGUUGUUAUCGAUUAGAGAAUUGUUAGAUAUAUAGGCAGAGGCUAGGGUUUUGAUUUGAACCGGCGGCGAUGGAUGAGGCGCUGUUGGACGACAUAAUUCGUCGGCUUCUUGACGCGAGGAACGGGCGCGUGGCGAAGCAGGUGCAUCUUACGGAGGCGGAGAUUCGGCCGCUCUGUGCCGCUUCUAAAGAAAUCUUUCUCAGCCAGCCUAAUCUUCUCGAGCUUGAAGCUCCAAUAAAAAUUUGUGGAGAUGUUCAUGGUCAGUUUUCUGAUCUUCUACGACUGUUCGAGUAUGGGGGCUACCCACCUGAAGCAAAUUAUUUAUUUUUGGGGGACUAUGUGGACCGUGGUAAGCAGAGCAUAGAAACAAUAUGCCUUCUCCUUGCAUACAAGAUCAAAUACAAGGAAAACUUUUUCCUUCUCAGGGGUAACCAUGAAUGUGCAUCCAUUAACCGUAUAUAUGGGUUUUAUGACGAGUGUAAAAGGAGGUUUAACAUCCGUCUUUGGAAGACGUUUACUGAUUGCUUUAACUGCUUGCCUGUUGCUGCUCUUAUUGAUGAGAAGAUUCUCUGCAUGCAUGGUGGACUAUCCCCCGACUUAAAAAACUUGGAUCAAAUCAGGAACAUAGCCCGUCCUGUUGAUGUGCCAGAUCAGGGCCUUCUCUGCGACCUUUUGUGGGCUGACCCUGAUAAAGAUAUUGAAGGAUGGGGAGAGAAUGACAGGGGUGUGUCAUAUACAUUUGGGGCUGACAAAGUUUCUGAAUUCCUUCAGAAGCAUGACCUUGAUCUCAUUUGCCGAGCUCACCAGGUGGUUGAAGAUGGCUAUGAAUUUUUUGCUAAACGGCAGCUUGUCACCAUAUUCUCAGCGCCCAAUUACUGUGGUGAGUUUGACAAUGCAGGUGCAAUGAUGAGCGUGGAUGAUACACUUACAUGUUCCUUUCAGAUUCUUAAACCUUCAGAGAAGAAAGGGAAAAUGGGAUUGCUGAGACCGGGAACACCGCCACACAAGGGAGGGAAAGGUUAAACGGUUGAUUCACCCCCACCACUUGCCGAUAUGAUCAGAAGAGAAUAGCUGAUCGGCCAGCAUGUUUGAUGGGUGCGUAAUGUUGGACUGCUAUCUGAUGUAUAUUCUGACAGCUAUGGGGGUUUUCGUAUCCGCAAAGUUGAUCGGUCAGGUGUGCCGUCUUUUAGAUCAAUGGAGGACAUGACUAAUUUGAAGCCCGCCAGUAACUUGCAUUGCUGGGAAAGCCAAAGACAAAGACCCCACUGUUAAAUAUCAAGUUAGGUUUCUGGAUCAUCUUGUUUGUAAGAUGAAAAUAGUCUUCAUUAGGUUAAAACUGGCUCCCCGUGCGGUCGGAAUCUGUCUUUUGAUGAUGUUUCCGUUUUCUGUUGAACUCCUUUAUUUCUGGUGCUUCA